AUGCCUCACGUCGACAUCUUGUUCAACCAGUUGCAGAAGAGAAAAACCGAGCCAGCGCAAGUUAAAACGGCCAUCGAUAAUUUUGAAAAAUGUAUUGUCGAUGUGAGAAAUAAAAUUGAUGACAUAAUAAAUGAAGCCAAAAGUAUUUGCACUGAACCCCAAGGCAACAAAAGGAGACGACGUAAUAGUAGCAGUCACGAUCACCGAGUUGCCGCAUUAGAAGUAUGCGACAAUAUAGUGAAUUCUGCAAAUGACAGAUUUCAAUUCAAAGAUCAUUUGGUAGCCGCAUCCCUUUUUUUCCACGAAUACUUUGACCCAGGAUCGCCUUACAGCGUUGUCGAUGCUGUCCAUUGA